UUGGGGUUGUAUCCUGAGUAUAUAAGGACGGGGUUGCAGGGUUCCUGGUCAUUCCAGAAGUUGGUCAACAAGAUGGCAAGUCUCAGACGUCUGAUGAAGAAGGCAGCGCUCUAUCUGUUGUUCGCCUUUGCAAACCUGAUCGCAGUCUCCGAAGGUCAACUAACUUUUUCCUCUGGUUGGGGCAAGAGGUCCCAGGAUGAUGAAAUAGCCAUCGACCUCGAAGAUCAGCUCCAAUAA